AGGACCAGAGACAGGACCAGAGAUAGAGACAGGAGCAGAGGCAGGGGCAGAGACAGGACAAAGACAGGAACAGAGGGCAAAGGCAGAGACAGUAGCAAAAACAAGAGCAGGAACAGGAGCAAAGACAGGAGCAGAGACAAGAGGAGAGUCAGAGACAGAAGCAGAGACAGAAACAGAGAC